AUGUCAGACAGUCAUUCACUAAUGUUCAAUACUCUUAAAAGAAAUAGAUUAACAUCUCCCAGCAGCAAUUUGAAAUAUUCAAAUUUUAAAGACACAUGUUGCACUCCAAUAUUUCUGCAUAGCAGAUGCAAUGAGUCAGUAAAAGAUCCUGAUGUAGAACAUAAAGCAGCACUGAGUGUAACGAGUUUAUCAUUGCUACAAGAGCAUUCUGAGCACAUUCAUCCAAGUGCCCUCUUUCCUGUGUUGUCAUCUGUUGAAAAUGAAAUGAAUUCUAUCUCCUUAUCAGAAAGAAGAGAGGCAAAUAGAAGUGCAGAUUUUUUUGAAACUCCUAAAGUGAGUAGAAAAGGCUCCUCACUACGCAGGAGACUGCUUUUAUCUAAGACUGUUCCAGCUGGCACAACUGCAGGAUGCUGUGAAAGACAGCCUGGUUCUUCAGGAAGCAUCAGGAAAAAAAUAUUCUCUUGCAUUUUGAGCUCUGAAGAAAGAGUUUCACAAGCUGCUUCAGAUUCUCCAAGAGAUAAAAGUCACAAACCUCUGACAGCUAGCGCUUCAAAAACCGAGGACUCCAAUCCUGAUUGCCCAAAACGGAGACUUUCCUUUUCACAACAAAGGACUUCUACACUAGAUGAGUCCAAAUGUAAGGACUCCUUAUUGCUAGAACCAGAAUGUUUAUCUCCAAUUCAGUGUAAGAACGUUAUUGCUAGUAACACUAAUGAAUUAAAUGGAAGUGUCCUUGCGAGUGAUGGGUUGCUUAGGACUUCUAGUUACAAUGUGUUACCUGAGACCAAUGAGGGUAAGUUCCUGACUUCUGUCAACAGUCUUGUAGAGAGCUUUAACUUUGAACUAAGUGAAAUAAACUCUCCCCCUGUCAAGCUGGCAAGUUACCCAGAUCUUUCAAUACCUGAGGACAGUGGAUAUAAUUCACUUCAUCUGGACAAAUCAGGAGACUCAUCAUCUGAUCAUGAGGGAUCUUUCCGAGAGUUCUUCCAAAAACAUAAAGAAGGUUCCAAAAUUCUGGAUAGUAAAAGACAGACAAGAAAACUUGAAAAAGUUAGAAAGUUAUCCACUCUUCAGGAACAAGGCUCACAGUCAGAGACAGAAGAUCAUCACAGCAGUCCUUCUACUUCAGCAUGUAUGUUAACAGAAGAAAGAAACUUUGACAGUGAAGACCCUGCAUUAGUUUUAGAAGAACAUCCUAGUGGUGACCUAGUUGUAAGUCAUGGAGAUCUUUCAAGAACUCCAGCUCUGAAAAUAGUUCAUGAAAUUUGCUUGCAAAGACAAAGAUCAGACCAAACUCAAAUAUCACAGAAUAUUGGUGGAACAGAAAUAUUUGCAUUAGAACAUGUUCUUGCUGGACUUAUUGGCAAGAAAAUGGGCCUUGAAAAAUUAGAUAUUUUAACAGAAUUAAAAUACAGAAACUUAACACAUGUUCUUGCUAUAGUUUUAGGUGCUUUAACAGUGGAAAGUCUGUGCAGCAUUUGGAAAGUGAGCAAAAACUGGCGUGAAAUCAUUGUGCAAGAUAAAAGUGCAGAUAAGAGGAGAAAGUUGUACAUAAAACAACUGAAAGAAGAAGCUGGGGAAUAUUUAUUGAAAGCUGAAGAUGCUGCCACAAGACUUAAUGUUCUCAAUAGAUCUGCUCUAAGGCCUGUUCAAGCUCAAGCCAGAACUUCUGUAGUGCAAACACCAGCUUCAUACACUGAACUUGCACCCAGGAGAUGCCGUUCUGUUCCCCAUUCAACUUGUAGACAGGAAGAAUACGUAAAAGUUGCUAAAACUCUGUUCACUGAUGAAGCUCUAAAACCCUGUCCAAGAUGUCAAUAUCCUGCUAAAUACCAAUUGGUAAAGAAACGGGGACUAUGUAGCAGAGGGGCAUGUGCAUUUGAGUUCUGUAUUUUAUGUCUGCAUGCUUUCCAUGGGUCAAAAGAAUGUAGCAGUUUGUCUGCAAAAUGGAAGAACAAAAAAGAUGCUCCUCCAGGAAGUGCCCAAAGCAAAAGAAAUUUAAAAAGACUCUAA